GAAGCCUCUUCGAGGCCCGCGGGACACAAGAGCAAAGUCGAGAUGAAGACGACCCGCACGUUGCUGCUGCUGUUCCUGUGUGUGAGUGGCGCCGCCUCACAGGGCAACCUGGACUACGACAAUUACGACACGGACACACAAACCUCGACGACGACCAACGCGACAGACCAAUCGGCAGCGGGCGCCCGCAGCCACCGCCCGAUUACUCAGGGCCGCGACAACUACAACCCCAUCCGCGACCCGGCACCCCCCAUUUACAGUGGCAGAAGGUAUCAAGGACGCCCCACCACCGUGUCCAAAGAACAUGAGGCGGUGGAAGAGGAAAAGGUGCACCCCGAGUCGGGCGGCUGUUCGUUCGGCGCCGGGAAAUUGGGAGUGUUGUGUCCGACCGGCUGUGAGCUCAAGACGGCGCUGCUCAAGCAGGAGAAGAGCACCACAACGAGCAUCAAGGGGCUGACGCCUCUGGUGGAUGAAUUGUCGCGCUCGUCCAAUGUCGUCUACAACUUCGCCACCGAGAUGUCCUCCUCGCUCACCCAGCGCCAGCGAAUCAUCGGAGACAACGGCCGGGUGGUCAAUCAGUUCACGGGUCAAGUGGAGGAGCAGCACGUCUUCAUCAAGGAGACGGUCACCACCGUGUUCCCUUCUACCAUUCGGAUCCUGCAGGGCGUCGUGGACAAGAUCCGCCUGAAGAUCGAGAAGCUGGAGAAGGCCAUCAAGGUGCAGAGGGAGCACUGCAAGGAGGCGUGCCAGACUAAAUGCCCCAUCCCCGUGGUGACCGGAAAGGAGUGCGAGGACAUCUACCGCCGCGGCGGGAACGAGUCGCAGAUGUACUUGAUCCAACCGGACCCCUUUGCGGCCCCGUACAAAGUCUUCUGUGACCAGAGCUCCCGUAAUGGAGGAUGGCUCCUUAUCCAAAACCGACUGGACGGCAGCGUGGACUUCGGCCGACGCUGGGACGAGUACAGACGUGGUUUUGGGAACAUCGCACUGGACGUGGGCAAGGGUCACUGCGAGACCCCAGGCGAAUACUGGCUGGGAAAUGAGCGUAUCAGUCAGCUGACCAAGAUGGGCACGACGGAGCUCCUCAUCGAGAUGCAGGACUGGACUGGCGCUAAGGUCUACGCCCAGUACCGCCAGUUCACCGUGCAGUCCGAGUCGUCCAACUAUGUGCUGGCGGUGAGCGAUUACUCUGGCAACGCCGGGAACUGCCUCCUGGAUGGCGCUCUGGAGCUGUUUGGGGAAAACCGCACGAUGACCAAACACCACGGCGCCAUGUUCAGCACCUCCGACAGAGACAAUGACAACUGGAGACCCGGCGACCCCUCCAAGCAGUGCUCCAGAGACGACGGCGGCGGCUGGUGGUACAACCACUGCCACUCUGCCAAUCCCAACGGCCGGUACUACGUGGGCGGAGCCUACACGAAGCAGAUGGCCAAGCACGGCACAGAUGACGGCGUGGUGUGGAUGAACUGGAAGGGCAGCUGGUACUCGCUCAAGGCCAUCAGCAUGAAGAUACGUCCCUUCUUCGGUUCCUGAUAACGGACAAUAACAACAACAGAAACACCGUAAAUAAACAUCAUACUUACUUCCCAA